AUGUUCUACGCGACGGCAGGACAACAAACUACCCCACUACCACAACCAGCAAGCAGGAAUGCUUCUGCUCCUACCCCACAACAAUCGGGUUUCCCGUCAGAGACACUGAUGAGUCCAGACCUGAAUGAUUUCCCUGCUCUAGGAUCACAACCUACACAAUCAUCUUCCUCAAGUUACAUGACCCAAACGCAACCCUCCCAACCUAACACGUCCACCCAACAUCCUCACCUACAACAACAAAUGUUCCUCCCCCAACAAGCCAACUUGGUACCUCCGCCAGGUAUAUCUGGUCCGAUAGGACAAACUCAAAUGAACGGAGCGAUAGGACAAGCAUCUCGGGGGGAAGAUUUCCCAGCGUUAGGUGGUGCAACAGGGGCGCUGGGGCCUGUGGGCAGUGGAGGAGAAGUAAAGGAUAGGGUCUGUUUUCGUCCAAUGAAUGUCACACCUUCUUCUCCUUCUCACUCCAUGGUCAACGGUGGUAAUGGACACGCGGAAUCAAUAGCACCCUCCAAUCCCCCACCGAGGGCUGCAAACCUACCCGUGUCUGCCAGUGAACCAUUAUGGCCUCGGAAACCAUCAAGACCACAAGAACCAAUAGUUCGACCUGUCCAACAAGUGUUUCAAAGUCCCGUCGAUAAUUGGGACUUGAAGUCUAUGUUGAUGAACAUACGAGCGUAUUCGGGUCAUGGAGAUAAGGGAGAUUUGAUGUUUGGAGUAGAUCUCGGCGAUCUGGGUAUAAAUGUCGAGUCAACCGAACCAUUAUAUCCCAAUUUCGUAACUCCAUGGACAGAUCCAAGAGACAGAACCGAACCUUUCCGAGUAGAAGAAUCAUGGCAUACACCAGCCUGCUACCAUGUCACCGCCAAACCCAUCGAAACCAAACUCGGAGAAGUGGCCGACGAAACCCUCUUCUACAUCUUCUAUUCCCAACCGCAAGACGUCGUCCAACUUCAAGUCGCAUUCGAACUUUAUCACAAUCGUGGUUGGCGAUAUCACAUGGAAUUACGAUUAUGGUUCACCUCCGAACAACUCGCCGCAGUUGAUCUUCGUUCAUUGGACAAGAGUCAUUCAAAUCCCAUCCAAGGUCCUUUCACCCUUCACGAUCCGAACACUUUACGAACCACCUCGACGGAUGAGAGUUGGGUCAUCGAUGCUAACUUGCUCGAGAUCACACGUCCUGCAGCGGUGGCCAUCGAAGAGAGCUUGAAGAGGGAAGCGGCGCGGAGUCCCAACGGGAGCGUCACAAGUGGAUCGGGGAGUCUAAUGAGCAGUGUGAUGGGUGCGGGAUACGGACAAAUGCAGGUCACGCGAUAGUUGCUGAGAACUGAAGCUAUUGUUUCAGGUGGGUAGGCCAGUAGGGGAGAUAGCAUGCCAUCAUUUCCACAUGUG